AUGUCGGCGCUGUUAGCAAGUCAACUCGCGGAUAUGCGGGCAAGAUGGGACGAAUUGUGUGCCUCCGGAGACGACACUUCUUCUUUGGACAAUCUCAGUGAUGAAGCACCUUCUCCAGCCGAGACACCCAGUAAAGACAAGCCUUAUACGCUCGACACGCUCGACACGCUCGACGGAAAACAGUCCUACUCUCACAACAUUGUGGACACCGAAAGCACCCUACUCCAGCAGCAAACGGCACACGAAGAUGACACUGUCACUAUCGCAGCCAAGGAUACCGAGCUACAAAAACUCUCACGUGAACUGGAGAGAGCAAGAUUCAAGCUGGACUGGUCAGAGAGAAGACGUCAAUCUACCGAUCGAAAGCUAGCGGCCUCAGAACUAGAGUGCUAUGAGUUGCGGACCAAACUCAAAGUUUCCAACGAGAUCACCGACAGCUUCAACACGAUAGCCACCCUGUUGAAGGUCAAGCCCGAGGAAGUUAUCGAAGCCGUUGUACAGCUCAAGGAUGAAAAACCUAGCAGAGGCUCAUUUGUGAGAUGGCUCUCGGCUCUGGUCUCUGACGAUUGCGAGACAAGAGCUGUCGCCGCUGAGGCUCGUCUCAGAAUGUAUGCUGAAGUCGAUUAUCCAGCUCAAGUCCGCGCAGCUCAGGAAGAGACGAAAAAGGCAAACAGACGAAUUGAGGCUCUAGCCAGUAGGCUUUCGGCAAAACAGACCGCUCUGGAGGUUACGCAGGUUGACGCUGACAAGAUCAAGACGCUUGAAGAGACCAUCGCAACGAACAUGGACAAGAUCAAGACUCUUGGAGAGACCAUUGCGACGAACAAUGACAAGACCAGAAAUCUGGAGCACGAAGUCAAGUCCAAGACUCUGUUAGUAUCGCAACUGAAGGAGGAGAACACAAAGCUUCUGAAUCAACUGGAGUCGGCUCGUGUCACGUCGGAAUCAACAGAACAAACUAUCCUGGGCCACCUGAAUACUGUAAUCCAAACUCAGCAUCAAUCGACCGAAUCAACGGGAAAGCUUCAGGCUCUGGUAGAUUACCAAAAGAAAGCUCUGGCCGACAUUCAAGAAGAGCUCACAACUUCCAGGAACGACCAUUCCGUUGUCCAGCAAGAGCUUGAAGAAGCUAGGAAGAACUUCGAGACUUCGAAAACAGCACACGAUGCAUUCUAUUGCGAUAUCAGCACAGCGAUCGGAUGGGGUUACUACGGCAAAGCGACCAUCAUACGUCGUAUUGUCCAGUUGAGGGAUGAAAGUGCUGCCGUGAACUUGGCCCUCGAAGAUGUCGAUGGUCAUACCACGAUUUCCAAGAUCGGAGUUCUCAAGACUGCUCGAGAGGAUCUAGAGACCGCCAACAAGGAGCUCGAGGAUCACCGCAAAGAUCGCGAUGGCAUCUACAAGACACUCGACGUCUCAAGUUGUCUUGGAGCUCACCUCAUCAUCGGCGACCUCAAGCUUGCUCAACUGAAUCUGCAGGUUUUUCGCAAGGCCAUUGGCAACUUCGAGGAUGAAGACGCAGUCGGCGAGAUCGAGAGAUUGCAGAAAAGGGAAGUCGAGCUGGUAAAGAUGGAGUCUGCUCUUCGCGUUACUGAAUAG